UCUAACAGUCACCAAUUACUCCGUCAACAUGCCUCCUAAAACAAGUGGUAAAGCCGUCAAGAAGUCUGGUAAAGCCCAGAAGAACAUCACCAAGAAUGAUAAGAAAGGACGCAAGAAGAAGCGUAAGGAAAGUUACGCUAUCUACAUUUACAAAGUGCUCAAACAAGUUCAUCCUGACACUGGGGUCUCCAGCAAGGCCAUGAGCAUCAUGAACAGCUUUGUCAACGACAUCUUCGAACGUAUUGCGGCUGAAGCUUCCAGACUUGCGCACUACAACAAGCGCUCCACCAUCACUUCCCGGGAAAUUCAAACCGCAGUUCGUCUUCUGCUUCCUGGUGAAUUGGCCAAGCACGCUGUCAGUGAAGGAACCAAAGCUGUCACUAAAUACACCAGCUCCAAAUAAAUUUCCUAAUUCAAAUCAUUAAACCAAACGGCCCUUUUCAGGGCCACUAAAUUUUUUACAACGUAUUUCUUUCAAAUUUCAAAUGAAAAUCUAAAUAACUAUUUUUUAGUAGUUAAUUAAUCGUGUUAUUAAAUUGUACAUAAAUACAAAAGUUUUAUAAACUACCUCUCACCAUAUGAGACUUGUUUAGAUUUCGAAAAUAAAGAACCCAAGACAAAAGAAUCUUACAGCGAUUGUCGAUUCAGCUCACAAGUAAUUCAUAGCAACUUUUAGGAUGGGAGUUUCUAAAUUAAAUAAGUUUUUAUAGAAAAAGUAUAAUUUUAUUAACUAGUAACUCAACGUCCUUUAAAAGUAACCUAUCAUAGAUCUUUUCUGUAAAAUUGUAAAUAAAAUUUAUUUUUUCCGUCAUAAAUUUAUUUAUUAUAAUCAAACUGUCACAUUUUAAGAAACAGAAACCUUGUAAAGUGAACAUAUAACACCUGAAUGAUAGAUGAAGUCGAAUUUUACAAAUAAAACAGUGUAAUAAAACGUUAUUGUAUCGUUUUUUAGGGUCACCGAAUUUUUUAUUCAUAAAAAAUAAUUGAAUGUUUUACAUUCGUGGAUUUAAGUCCUUGCUCCAAUAUUAAUGUCCACUUUUCUCAUGCCUAAAAAAAUUGAAACUUCUAACAUCUAUGAAAUGAUAACUUUUUUUUUUAUUUACUGUUUUGUUUACAAGAGAACAAGUUUUGUAGUUUUACAG